AUGCCUCGUUUUUGUGAACCGUUGUCAAUACAAGAUGGCUCUACGACAGUGGAAGGCGACCUCAAAAAGCCAGAGGGAAAUGUGAUAUGGCUAUGGCUCACAUUCAUGGUAGUCAGCUUUAUAAAAGAGAUUGCAGUAUAUUAUGUGGGAACAAUACCAAGCAGAUUUUACGGCGUAUUUGUCGGCAGAGACUGGGAUGGUUUUAAAAUCGUGCUCGUGUUGGCUUUGCUAUUCGUGAUUGCUGCUGGCGUGGGGAGGAGUCUCGUACAAUUUAUAAACGGACUGUUUGCUUUAAAGACAAGACGAAUUCUUACUAGAUAUAUACAAACGAGAUACGUUAACGGCAAAACUUUAUACCGCUUACUCGUCUGGCAACCGGAAAUUGACAAUCCUGAUCAGAGAAUAACUCAAGAUACAUCCAACUUUUCAACUAAACUCGCCCUAAUCCUUUCCGAAGUAAUCAUUACUCCCAUCCUCAUCAUUUACUAUACCUACAAAUGCUUUGUUAUCUCUGGAUAUCUUGGCCCUAUGCUGAUCUAUAUCUACUUCGUAGUCGGCACUGUUUGCUCCCGUUUCUUAAUCUCACCCAUUGUUGAAUUGGUAUUCUUGAAAGAGCAACAAGAAGGCUAUUUCAGAUUUUUACACGCGAGAAUCAGGAAUUAUGUAGAAUCAAUUGCUUUCUCGUGGGGAGAGAAAGGAGAGAGGACAAGAUUGGAUGAAUUGUUGAUGAGAGUCUUAGGAUACCAGAAGAAAAUUGUUUACAAGGAAUUGCCCUUACAAACUGUAACUGAGGCUUUUGGUUAUUUUGGUUCCGUUCUCAGUUACGUGGUUAUCGCCAUUCCCUUAUUUUCUGGCAAAUAUGAUGACCUUCCAACUGAUGAACUGAGUGCAAUCAUUGCGUUGAACGCUUUCUUAUCAAUCUAUCUUGUCUAUCUGUUUACGGUCAUAGUUCAGCGGGCGUCUGAUAUAUCCGAUUUGGCGGGUUACACUGCACGUAUAGGACAACUGCUAGAAGCGAUUGACGAUAUUGAGAAUCGCCUAGAGCAUGUGGAGACGGUCCAUGACAUUGACGGCAGUCUAGAGAACAUCGAUUCAGACUUUUUACUUGACCAACAACCAAAUGCUUACACCGAAUUAUCAAUAUCGUUCGAUCGAGUAACAAUCAAAUCGCCUGCGGGAAAAACAUUACUGACUGACUUGCGCUUUACCAUCGAACAAAACAAGAAUGUCAUAAUUCUUGGGCCGAACGGAAGCGGGAAAACAUCCAUAUUACGAACAAUGAGUGGUCUAUGGCCUGCUUGCGAGGGAGCAGUCAAUUUACCGCACGCAACAGUGAAGCAGAAAGUACUUGUAUACUUGCCUCAGACGCCCUAUUUAACGUAUGGAUCUUUGAGAGACCAAAUAACGUACCCAGUCGUUAAUUCGUUAAGAUCAUCAUUCAUAACUGAUGAAGCAAUUAGAACAAUAUUGUCCAAAGUCGGACUUGUACAUAUUGAGAAGAUCUGUGGGGAUUUUGACACCGUGUAUGGUCAAGAAUGGAAUACAAUGCUAAGUCCUGGAGAACAACAAAAGUUGGCUUUUGCACGCCUCUUCUACUGGAGGCCUGUAUUCGCAGCAUUCGACGAGGCGACUAGUUCUCUUGAUUCGGCACUCGAAAGUCAAUUCUUUGUAACAUGUAAAUCACUGGGAAUCACCUGUAUCACAGUAUCACACAAUAGGAAUCUACUCAAGUAUCAUGAUCAAGUGUUAUUAUUAGACGGAAGAGGACAUUAUGCAACGAGUGAUAUUGACAUUGAUGGCACUGAAGAUAUAGAGAGAUGGAUUGAUCAAACGCUCAGACCAUCAUCAUAA